ACGCUCGAUCUUUCAGGCCGAGGCCGGAGCUGGUGCCGCAAGAGCCGGCCUUUCAUGGACUAGUUCGCAGCCCUCUUUAGACGGUUAUGUUGGCCCGAAUCACCCUUUGCCCCAACUCCAUUGGACUUUUGACCAAGAGCUUGUAGGUGUCGUCUUCAUUAAGGUAAGUGAACUGUUUUAGUGCCAAGAUGUCCGAAAGAUCCCACAGUCCAGGUUCGGAGUGUCAAACCCGCCCGUAUGACUUCAGCCGGGCUUGCACGCAGAAUUUGGGCCAAGACGGCCUCGGGGCUUCGUCCUUCCCCCAGCUCCCCCUGCCAGAAGCGGGUGUUCUCUACAAGCAGCCCGCCUACGGUGGCCUGCCGUCGGCCGCCGCGCAGAGCUUCUUCCCCUUCCCGUCGCUGGGCGCCGGUGACUACCGGGGCUCCGAGCUCCAGGCCGGGGAGUUCGGCCAGCCCAAACACUGGUAUCCGUUCGCCGCGCCCGAGUACACCGGGCAGGUACCCGGUGUAACCGUGGCCACGCAGCCCACCAACCUGAGCCCCCCCAUAGCCGAGACCCGGGAGCAAAUUAAGCUCCCCGAUAUCAAGACGGAGAAAGACACCGGAGACGACUACCCGAGCGAGGUGAAGCUCCAGCAGUACCCGCCGCCCUCCGCCGCAAUGCCCCCCCACGGAGUCUUCUACUCCAGCCCCUGGACCCCGACCUUCUGGCCGGGUAUCAGCCACCUGACGCCGCCCGGCAGCGGAGGAAGCAGCAACCAGAAUCCGUCGACGUCUUCGGCGUCGUCGCCGUCCAUGUCCCCGUCGCCGCCCAGCAACGGCGUGCCGGCGAACGCCUUCUUCGGCGUCAACCCCGGCCAGGGGGCCCCCGUGCCUCAGGGCCAGAACCCGGCCUCGUCUACUCGGAGCAGCGGCUCGUCCAGCGGCGGUUGUAGUGACUCGGAAGAGGAAAACCUUUCCACUGAAGAAUUGGAGCAGUUUGCCAAAGAACUUAAACACAAACGCAUCACUUUGGGUUUCACUCAGGCUGAUGUCGGCCUUGCUUUGGGUAACCUUUAUGGUAAGAUGUUCAGCCAGACGACCAUUUGCCGCUUUGAGGCCCUCCAGUUGAGCUUCAAGAACAUGUGCAAGCUGAAGCCCCUCCUCCAGAGAUGGCUGAAUGAGGCCGAAACGUCGGAAAAUCCCCAGGAUAUGUACAAGAUCGAGCGGGUUUUUGUGGACACCAGGAAGAGGAAGAGGAGGACCAGCCUGGAGGGCGCCGUUCGCUCUGCUCUGGAGUCUUACUUUGUCAAGUGUCCCAAACCCAACACUCAAGAGAUCACGCACAUCUCUGAUGAUUUGGGCCUGGAGAGAGAUGUGGUCCGAGUGUGGUUCUGUAACCGUAGACAGAAGGGCAAGCGUCUGGCUCUGCCGCUGGACGAAGAGUGCGACGGCCAGUACUACGAGCAGAGCCCGUCUCCUCUCAACAUGGUCGCCUCCCCCAUCCCCGGCCAGGGCUACCCUCCCCCGGCCAGCUUCCCCGGAGCCCCGCCGCCGACGCUUUACAUGCCGCCUCUUCAUCGGCCGGAUGUCCUGAAGCAAGCGCUGCACCCUGGACUGGUCGGUCACCUGACUGGAUAAGAGGCUGCGGCACCACCGACGAACCACUCUGUCCAAACUUGUCCUUGGGGGACAGUUCAAGGUUCAACCCAUCACUGCAGUUGUGUGCCACUAAUCGCUCCACACCAAGAACUUGGGAAG